AUGGGAUGCGUGCCAAGUAAAAACAAGAAAUCCUCUCACGUUAAUAAAAGUUAUCCACAAAUCCGUAUUAAUCCUGGGAUGUUUAUAUUAGAAAAAAGCGACGUCUUCACUGCAGAAUAUGAAGUUGACCACCAGCUAGGCCACGGAGCAUUUUCAACUGUUUAUCAAUGCAUUGAAAGAAAAACUGGAAAAGUGCGAGCCGUUAAAGUAGUUUCGAAGCAGGCCUUAGGUAAAGAUCAUAUGACUCAUACGUUUAAAUUAAAAGAAAUUCAAGUUCUAAAACAGCUUGAUCAUCCCAAUAUUUUGAAAGUUUUUCAAAUUUUUGAAGAUAAAAAAAGUUUUUAUGUCAUCAUGGAAUUUUGUUCUGGUGGCGAGCUAUUUAAUAAAAUCGUUAAAAAGAGGAUUUUCACAGAGCAAGAAGCAGCCAAAAUAAUGUACCAGCUAUUCUCAGCAGUUGCAUACUGCCACUCAAAAAAUAUCAUCCACAGAGACAUUAAACCUGAGAAUAUUCUUUUAGAUGAAAGAAAUGAAGACUACACUAUCAAAGUGGCAGAUUUUGGAAGCUCAACUAUUUUUGACAACAAAACAAAGAUAUCAGGCUGCUAUGGCUCUGUAUAUUAUAUAGCCCCAGAAGUUUUGUUAAAUUCAUACAAUGAAAAGUGUGACGAAUGAAGCUGUGGGGUUAUUUUGUAUAUAUUAUUGUCUGGAAGGCCACCUUUUAAUGGAAAAACUGAUUCAGAGAUCUUAAGAAACAUAAGGACUGGGAAUUUAAACUCAGAAUGGCGUGGCUUCGAAUACGUUUCAGAAGAAGCCAAAGACCUUAUAGUAAAGCUCUUAGACAAAAACCUCUUAUCAAGAAUUACAGCCCAAGAAGCUUUAGAGCACAGCUGAGUCAAAAAGUAUAAGGAUUUAGAAAAUCUCAGCCAAGACCAUAGCAAUCAAACCCUUUCCGGAGUUUUGCAGCAGCUUACUCAUUUUAACUCAAAUAGUAAGCUGAAAACCGCUAUUUCGACUUUCAUUUCUGCCCAGCUUGUAUCUCAAGCUGAUACAAAAGAGCUGAGAAACGCUUUCCGCUUGCUUGAUAGAAAUGGAGAUGGAAGAGUCAGCAAAGAAGAAUUGUUAGAAAAAUAUAAAGAAUGUGUAGGAGGAAUUGACCCUAGCAAACAGGUAGACCAGAUUAUGAAAAAUGUAGAUACGGAUCAUAGUGGGUUUAUUGAUUAUACAGAAUUCAUCCAAGCGACACUGAGACGUGAAAUUCUUUUUUCGAAGAAAAACCUGGAGACUGCGUUUAGACUUUUUGAUAAGGAUGGGAGUGGGUCAAUUUCUGCAAAAGAGCUGAGAGAUAUUUUGUCAAAUGGAGAGCUGCUAGAUGAUGCAGUGUGGAGAGAUAUCAUCAAGGAAGUCGAUCAAAAUGGAGAUGGGGAAAUUGAUUUGAGGGAGUUCCAGUCACUUAUUAUGGAAAAGAUUUAA